AUGUCCGAGGAUCACGAUGAUGAGCACUUCAACCCAACCGAAUCUGGAGCUGCCUCCACAUUCCCAAAACAAUGUUCAGCUCUCCGUAAGAACGAGCACGUCAUGAUCAAGGGACGUCCAUGCAAGGUAAAUUUUUCUUGAAUUUUUAAACACUGAUUUUCGUGCAAUGAUGGUUUUGGAUAAGUUUCGGCUGAAAAUUGUGAUGCCAAAUUUUUAUAUGCUGAGCACUUCAAACAUAAGUCACAGAUACUAAAUAUUUCCACAAAAAUUCAAAUUUAUCGUUUACAGAUCGUUGAAAUGUCCACCUCAAAGACUGGAAAGCACGGUCACGCUAAAGUCCACAUGGUCGCUUUGGAUAUUUUCACCAACAAGAAACUCGAAGAUAUCUGUCCAUCCACCCACAACAUGGAUGUUCCAGUCGUCAAGCGUCGUGAGUACCUCGUAAGUUUCAAUUUUUGAAAAACGUUAUCAUGUUUUAAUUCUAUUUUCUUUCAGUUGAUGGCUAUCGAUGACGGAUAUGCCAACUUGAUGGACCCAGAAACCUGUGAGGAGAAGAACGACCUUAAGAUGCCAGACAACGAAAUCGGACAACAAAUCAGAGAUGCUCUUGAGAAAGACGAAGGAACCGUUUUGGUGAGUUUUGAAAAUAUUUUUCAUAAAAUUCAAUUUUUUGUUGAAUUUUUAAAUCUCAAAUUAAUUUGUUAAAUUUCUAGGUCCAAGUCGUAUCCGCCUGCGGAGAAGAAGCUGUUCUCGGAUGGAAGGUCAGCACCAAGGAAUAA